AUAAUCGCAUACGCUGUCCCAGUUUCUUUAAGACCUUGAAAUGCCCAAAUAAUCUUGCGCGCAGAACCGCACAGCAGCACAGUUUUCUCGCAGGCGUCGUCUAUAAAUAGACAACACGCUCUGCCGCAGCUUGACACCUGUCUUUUACGAUAAUCUAUCUUCAGAAACGUCAACAACGUGAAAAGACGUGCAGGCACCUCGCAGCGUGUUUGCAAGUUAUAAGAGCCAGCCUCCAGCCAGCAAGCAAGAAAUGUGUGCAAGAACGUGCAGGACAGACUGGUGACUGACUGAUACAACACAUCGAAGACUUGUAAACACGGAGUCUUUUAUAACACUGACGAAGUGGUUUUUCCUGGAGGAGUGACUGAGUGUGUUGACAGACUUGAUAACCUGUGAAGGGCACACAUGGCCCAUCGUGUGAAUGACCAUCCGAGCCGUCUGCCCGUGGCCCAGGCCACCGUGCUGACUCUGCCACCCUCCAGCCAAGCAAAGGACUUGAGGCCCAGGGGGUCCGCGCUCGAGUCCCUGCUGUGCGGGGCGUUUGCUGGAGCCGUGGCCAAAACAGUUAUUGCACCUCUGGAUCGGACCAAGAUCAUUUUCCAAGUGUCCUCAAAGAGAUUCUCAGCUAAGGAGGCCUUCAGGCUCAUCUACUGCAGUUACAUGAAGGAUGGGCUGCUCAGUCUGUGGAGGGGGAACUCCGCCACCAUGGUGAGGGUCAUGCCCUACGCGGCCAUCCAGUUCUGCUCACACGAACAGUACAAAAAACAUCUGGGAGGCUACUACGGCUACCAGGGAAAAGCUCUGCCUCCUUUCCCACGCUUCCUGGCUGGUUCUCUGGCUGGCACCACUGCUGCUAUGCUCACCUACCCUUUGGAUAUGGUGCGAGCCAGGAUGGCGGUCACAGCCAAAGAAAUGUACAGCAACAUCAUGCACGUCUUUGUACGGAUCUCCCAAGAGGAAGGUGUGAAGACCCUUUACAGAGGCUUCACUCCCACUAUCCUGGGUGUCAUCCCGUAUGCAGGAAUCACUUUUUUCACAUAUGAGACCCUCAAAAAGCUACACACAGAAAAAACGAAGCGAUCCCAACCCUACCCUUAUGAGCGCUUGGCUUUCGGUGCCUGUGCAGGCCUGAUUGGACAGUCUGCCUCGUACCCCCUGGACGUGGUACGUCGGCGCAUGCAGACAGCCGGCGUUACGGGCUCAUCCUACAAGACCAUUCUGGGGACCAUGUGUGAGAUCGUAACACAGGAGGGAGUAAUACGUGGACUAUACAAAGGGCUGAGCAUGAACUGGCUUAAAGGGCCCAUUGCUGUGGGGAUUAGCUUCACCACGUUUGACAUCACACACAGCCUUCUGCUCAAAUUGCAUCAGAUGAGCUACUUCGCCCACUGAAUCGGUCGGGAGUGACAGACGGACAACGAAAAGCACAGAUGAGACUGACGUGAGGGACAUUGUCAACUCUGUCGUAUGGCAAUAAUGAGACCCUGCACUCGGUCAGUGCAGGAUCGUCUGCUGUACACUCCUGUUCCCUUCAGACAGGAUGUCAGAGGACUGGAUGAGUGGACAGGAGAUCUGUCGUGCACAAAGAAGCUGUGUAAUUUGGUAAACGCAGUCAGUAUUCACAGUCAGAGAGGAUGAGGAGACGAAAAGAGGUGUCUUAAAAUCGUCGUUCACUCAAUCACAACUUUUUGAUAUUGAGGCGCCAUCAGGGUGGCUGAAGUGAUUUAAAUGUGGAUAAAGAUUGUUGUGUUUUUGAUAGAUGGAUGUGGAGGACUUUUGUGUUGUGUCAUAAGAUAAUGCUUGCACUUUAUUAAAAUGUUCUUUCAACUUAAUCAUCUAUUAACAGAGAGGACUUUUAAUGGGUUUUACUGUUUUUAGUGUGGAGAGAAAUUUUAUUUUUAUUUUAAUCACAUUUUUUUUAAUGAUUAUUUCAAAUUGCUUGAUCAUGCAGUUUUAUGAUUUGGGUAAUUAUGCUAUAUGCUUUGUUCUCAUUUCCAAUUUCAUGGUGCCUAUGUGGACCGAAUGUGAAGUGAUGAUUGUGAUUGUACAGGAGAGUGAUCAUGUCAGCAGCACUACACAGUUUCACUGUCCGUCCAGCACUGAGGGAGGGUGAUUCACUAUUAAAAUGUCUAAUAAGUGGAGGCUUUAACAAAUACAUGAUAAAUAAAUGUCUCUCUAUAUAUGUCUAAGAUCUUGGUAUGUGCAUAUAAAGGUUUAAAUUUUUGUUUUACUGUGCUCUCAUUCUUGUUCAAAUUCUAUCAUUGCAUUGUUUACGAGAACAUUUUAAAUACACCAAAGCACUUAAAUCAGUCAUAGGUUUCAUGUGAAUAGAAAGUUAUUCUACUUUCAGUGGCAAUGUACGUUUCAAAGAUACAGUAUUUCCAAAGAUGAAAGUAUAAAGUUGUGUCAUGUCAAACCGACCAUCCAAUAAAGAUUCUGUCCACAACCAUGA